UUUGUAGCAGAAAGAAAAACAGGACAACCAGGUUUUCAAUUGGUGAUGUGCCUUGAUGAUGACUAUUACCGGCGGUACGCCUUGACGACAAAGUGAGAUGUCGACUCUUCAUGACAAAGAGCGACGAUGUCACACACUGGCACCCUUUGGUUGGCCUUGUCCUGAGACGUAAAAGGGUUUGCAAUUGUAAGGAACCCCCUGGACGUCGGCCGACCCCGCAAAAACCUCAGAGCGCAAAUGUUCGUACAUAUUUUCCCCUGAGAAAGAAAAGACUGCGUACACAGCCGCCAAAGAUGAGUAGCGAGAGUGCCACACUUGGGCCAGGAAACGACAUCCUCACCCUUGAGAAGAUUCAACAUGGCAUUAAGGAUUUUUUUGCCCAGCGGGGGAUGUUUGGCGAUGAUGUGAAAAGCUGCCGGGCAGGCCAGGUACUGACUGCGGCUUACAUCAUGAUAGUGGUUCGCCAUCCGAGCCCCUGCCAAAUUGUAUAUUCUUAAGUGUUUUUUUUUUUUACAGCGGAAUAUGACUUACAGCCUCAAGGACGAAAACAAAGACGCUAAGAUCAACAAUAUCAUCAAGAGCAUUGUUGAAAAAAGCACCCUCGAUGUCGCCAACUUGCGGCACCUGAUCACCCUCUGGGACAAGGAGGAGCGGGCCAUGUCUAACUCCUUAAUCGACGAGUCGUCAUAUGGUGUGGCCACCCAGCAGAAAAUCAAGCAACACCUCAAGGAUUUUUUCUCCGAGCGACUGAUGAUCGCCGAGCAGGAAGAGGGUACGCGCGCCGGUGCCACGUCGGCAUUGAGGAUAUUUGCUCGAACGAGCGCCGUAAAGAAGACUCGAGACUUGGCUAGUUUAGAUAUUGAGGAAGAGGAUGAUACCGGUAUCUUUGAGGAGGAAUUGAGUGUCAACACAGAUGAGCAACAUACUCACCUGGACGACUUUUCGCAAACGUUAGAUGGCUCGCUUUCUCCCUCUUCGUCGACCUCCACCACACCUUCCUUAAUUGACAAGGCCAAAGAUUUGUUCGGGCAAGUGUUUAACCCUGUUGUUGACACCAUUGAUACAGCUGGCAAAACAAUUGUCGAAAAACUGAAGUCGACUUUACAGAAAACAGUGGGGCCUCUGCAUUUGGACAAACAGACAGUGGAGGAACCCUGCGUGUCAGAGAGGGAAUCAGCUGCUAGCCUUUCACCCACAACAGAGGAAAACUUGGUGCCUGAUUUGGCUUCUUUUGUCUCAUCGGUUACUCCAUCAGAUUUGACUGACAGCAAAGGUGAAGGAUUGCUAGACCAAGACGUCUUAGAUCAAGAGGCAACAGAGGACACAUGUCUAACUACUGGCUUGUUGGAAGGAGCAGAUCCGUCUCGACUUAGGGAUGCAGACACUGAAGAUCAGGUCGCUUCUGUAAAAUCAGAACAGCUCUUAUGUGUUCCUGACAAAUUGGAAAACAGCGAACUGACGGUCUAUGACGAUACCGUAGGGAUUUUAAAGGAAUCAGUUGAGAGCACGAGUAUAACAAGUAACCUGGAUAAUGACGUGGUUUUAUCGCGGGGGGCUCAAGAUUCCCCAGAGCAUAGAUCUUCCAUAGUCCCUCCUUUUGAGAGUAACAAGUCACCAGAAGACAAGGAAGAAACAAGGACUUUAUCAGAUGACAAGGCCUGUGCUGAUCCUGAGUUGCUUGAAGAUGGGAUAGCAAAGAGGUCAUCUGAAGGAGCAACUCUUCAUUUUGAGUUGCCAGUAGACGGGGUGGAAAAGAGGUGUUCAUCUGAACUUGUAACUGCUGAUCUCGAGUUGCCAGGAGACUGGGUAGCAGAGAGCCCAUCAUCUGAAGCAGUAACUGCUGAGCUUGACUUGCCAGAAGACACGGUAGCAGAGAGGUCUUCAUUUGAAGCAGUACCUGCUGAUCUUGAGUUGCCAGAAGACAGGUUAGCAAAGAGGUCUUCAUCUGACGCAGUUGAUGCCGUUCUUGAGUUGCCAGGAGACACGGUAGCAAAGAGAUCUUCAUCCAAAGCAGUAGAGGCUGAUCUUGAGUUGCCAGAAGACAAGGAAGCAAAGAGGCCUUCGCCAGAAGGCGUAAAUGUUGAGCGGAUGCUCCUGGAAGACGAAGUAGCACAGAGGUCUUCAUCAGAAGCGCAAUAUGCUGAUCUUAAGUGGCCAGGGGACAGUUUGGUAAAGCCACAUUCACCAGAAGCAGCAGGCCGCAAUCUCAAGUUGCCAGAAGACCAGGUAGUAAAGAGGCAUUCACCAGAAGCAGUCAUAGAUGCUGGCAUUCAGGGGCCAGAUGACAAGGUAAAAAGCAGUUCUUCAUCAGAAACACUAGAAGCUCAUCUUACGAUAACUGAAGAUCAGAUAGAAGAGAAACUUUCACAGGAAGAAACAAUGGAUGCUGAUCAUGAGAGGCAUGACCACCGGGUAGAAAAUACAUCACUAGAAAAGGUAGAUAAUGAUCAUGAGUGGCAAGAAGACCCGCUAGAAACGGAGAGUUCUUUGGAAAUAGUACAUACUGAUCUUAAGUGGCAAGAAGACACAGUAGCAAAGAGGCCUUCAUUAGAAUUGGUAGAUACUGAUUUUCAGUGGCCAGAAGAUUGGCUAGAAAAAAAGCCCUCCUUACAACCAGGAUUAGAUACUGAUCUUAACGAACCAGAAGUCAAUGUGGCAAAGAUGUCUUCAUCAGAAGCAGUAGCUGUGGAUUCUAAGUGGUCAGAGGACGUGGUAGCGAAGAAGCCUUCGUUACAAUUACUAAUAAAUACUGACCCGAAGUCACCAGAAGACAGGGUACCAGAUUGGUCUUCAUCGGAAGCAAUAGUAGACGCUGACACUCAAUUGUCUGUAGACCAGGAAGUAAGGAAGCCGCUAUUCGAAGUAGAUGAUGCCCUUCAGUUGUUUGAUGUCAAGAGAUGGUCAGAAGAAGCUGUAGCAGAUAGUGACUCUCAAUUCUCCAAAGACCAAGAAGUAAGGAAGCCUCUACAUGAAGUAGUAGUAGAUGCUGGUGUUCAGACGUUUGAUAUUGAGAAGCCAUCAGUAAAAGAUGCAGCUAUAUUUUCAGAAGGCCACGUACCGGAGAGGACUUCAUAUGAAACAGACGUCGGCCUUGACACAAAAUUGCCAGAAGAGGUGGUAUCUGAUACGCCUCUGGCCAAAGCAGAUCUGGAGCCUUUGUCAGCAGUGGUUCACCAUGAAUUGUCAGAAGACAGGGUAUCUAGGAAGUCUUUAUCUGAAGUACAAGUUGUUCCUAAAUUGUCAGAAGACAGGGUAUCUCAGAAGUCUUUAUCUUUAGCAGAAGUAGAGGUUGCUCCUAAAAUGUCAGAAGACAGUGUAUCUCAGAAGUCUCUAUCUUUGGCAGAAGUCGGGAUUAUUCCUAAAAUGUCAGAGGACAGGGUAUCUAGGAAAUCUCUAUCUUUAGCAGAAGUAGGGGUUGUACCUAAAUUAUCAGAAGACGGGCUAUCUCGGAAGUCUUUAUCUUCAGCAGAAGUAGGGGUUAUUCAUAGAGUGUCACAAGACAGGGUAUCAAACAGGUCUUUGAAAGCGGCAACAGAAGUCCGUAAAUUGUCAGAAAGCACGGUAUCAAGGAGGUCUUCGUCCAAAGAGGCAGUACAUGUCUAUAAAUUGUCCGAAGACAGGAUAUCAAGGAAGACUUCAUCAAAAGUAGCAAUGGACGUAGUCUCUAAAUUGUCAGAGGACAGGAUAUCACGGUCUUCAUCAAGGACAACAAUCAAUAGCUCUAGAUUGUCAGAAGGCAGGAGAUCAAAGAGAUCGUCAUCAAAAGUAACGGAAGAAAUCGAGCUGAAAUUGUCAAAAGACAGGAUAUCCAGGAAGUCUUUAACAGAAACAGUGCUCGGGAUUGAGAUAAAAUUGUCAGCGCGGGAAAUUUCAUCGGAAGCAACAACAGACCUUGGUAAGAUGCCGCCGGGGCAACUUGAGUCCCGGCCGUCCCUUUGGAAGAGGUGGAAAAUAAGACGUCCAAGGAAGAUACAACCAAUUCUGGAGAACUGUCCCAGAUCCAUCCUGGACUGUAUUGGAGCCAAACCAGCGAUUAGGCCCAUUUUCAAAAAAGUCACAUCAAUGUGGAAGACUCACUACGGCCGGAGAAAGAGCAAGAGGGUGAAAACAAACGGCGACAGGAAAAGCGAGAGACCUCCACAGGAAAACAUCUCAGAUGACCGCGUGGCCGAGGCCUCCGUUGCCUCAUCGAUCAUCUCAGUCGAGUUACCGCCGAGUGACAGUGAGGAGGAACCGUGCACAAGGACCGAAUCCGCACACUCGGUGGAGGACGCCCAUGACAUCCACAGCUUCUUUGAGAACAUGUUUAAAAAGGAGUUUUCCAAACGGUUAGAAAAAUCCCUUAAAAGGGGUCUCUUGGACGUUGUCAAUGAUUACGUCCCUGAGAAAUCUUCCCCGGAAUCUGUAGAUAAACCAAAGUCGAAGCAGUAG